GCUCCUCCUCCUUGCGCUAUCCCCCCUACGUGACUCCGCCCUUUCCGGCGUCGCUCUGUCCCGCUCGUCUCUGUGCUCCGGAGUCCUCCAACGCCGUGCGGAGAGCUCCAGCUCGAAGCCCCGCCCACUCCGAGAAGACCACGCCCACCAUCACAGAGGCCACGCCCCCUCAUUAUAAUACCGACCCCACAAGCCCAGCCCACCAUCCAGAGGCCACGCCCCCUCAUUAUAAUGCCGACCCCAUAAGCCACGCCUCCUCAUUAUAAUACCACCCCUUAAGCCACACCCCAUCAUUAUAAUACCACCCCUUAAGCCACGCCCCUCAUUAUAAUACCACCUCUUAAGCCCCGCCCCCUCACUAUAAUACUGCCCCAUUAAGCCACGCCCCUCAGUAAAUGUCGCCGCUAAGCCACGCCCCCUCAUUAUAAUACCGACCCUUUAAGCCACGCCCCCUCAUUAUAAUACUGCCCACUAAGCCCCGCCCCCUCAUUAUAAUACCGCCCCCAAGCCGCGCCCCCUCAUUAUAAUAAAGCUCCUUAAGCCCUGCCCCUCAUUAUAAUAAAGCUCCUUAAGCCCCGCCCCCUCAUUAUAAUAACACCCCAUUUAAGCCAUGCCCCCUCAUUAUAAUAAAGCUCCUUAAGCCCCGCCCCCUCAUUAUAAUAAAGCUCCUUAAGCUCCGCCCCCUCAGUAUAAUAAAGUCACUUAAGCACCGCCCCCUCAUUAUAAUACUGCCCCCUUAAGCCACGCCCCCCAUAAUGCUGACCCCUUAAGCCACGCCCCCUCAUUACGAUACAGACUCCUUAAGCCACGCCCCCUCGUUACAAUACCACCCCUUAAGCCACGCCCCCUCAUUAUAAUACUGGCCCCUUAAGCCACACUCCCUCAUUAUAAUACCACCCAUCAAGCCCCGCCCCUCAUUAUAAUACCACCCUUAAGCCACGCCCACUAUCACAUAGGCCACGCCCCCAUUAUAAUACCACCCCUUAAGCCCUGCCCCCUCAUUAUAAUACUGGCCCCUAAGCCCCGCCCACUGCUGCCAUGGCCCCGCCCCUUUUGUGGGCGUGGCUUUGUGUGUGUGUGGGCGGGGCGGUGGGCGGGGCUUGCACCGGAAGGAGGUGGAGCUUAAAAGGGGGCGGGGCUUUGAGUGACGGGCCCGGGAACUACUCGGUCAUGGGGGAGUGUGUCUGGGUGCUGCAAGCCCCCCCCGGUCACCGCGUGCUGCUGUCGCUGUCGGAGCUGGAGACGGAAUGCGGAUUCGACUUCCUGUUCGUCUUCGACGGCUCCGCCCACCGCGGCCGCCUAUUGGCUGCGCUCAGCGGCAACGCCCCGCCCCCACCAAUCAUAGAGGCCGCAUCCGGGCAGGUGGGCGGGGCUACGGGGGGGGGAACGGCCAAUGGGAGGGGAGGGAGGACAAAGGGGG